AUGGUUUCGAAUUGUUCUCUAUCGAAUGAUCAAUCAUUAACAAAACGUUUAAUUGAAAGUUCGAAUAAAUCAUCCGAAUAUUUUCAUCGUUUUGUUAAUAUAAGUGAAUGGAGUGAUGGUCUUGAUCAUUGGUCUUUAUCAGAAAUAAUUCGAAAAAGUCAUUUAUAUCAACAAGAUUAUUUAGAUUUUCAUUGUGAUGUUGGUCUUUAUUUACCUCGAUAUGAAAAGGAUAAAUUGCAAGAAAAAUCACUUGAAAAUGAUUUAUUUUAUUCUAAAAGAAGAAGAAAUGAUUUUCUUCCAGAACGUCUUCGAAAAUUAUUUAAAAAAGAAAAAAAACUUUUAAUAGAAGAAAAUCAAUCAAAUAUAUCUUCAUCAGAUGACCAAUUAUCAUCAACAGAAGAUAAUCAAUUUUCAAAAUCUAUUCAACAAUCAAAAUCAAAUGAAAUAUCAUCAAAUAAAGUUCGUUUAUCACUUCGUCAAGUUCAAAGUCAAUAUUAUUUACCAGAAAAUCAAUUAAAACAAAUUCAUCAACAAAAUUAUCAAUCAGUUAAUGGAGAAAAAUUAAAAUCAUUAUUAAAACAACAAUUAACAAAUUUAUUUACUCGUCAAACAACAAAUAUAAAUAAUAAACGAACUCUUAUAAGAAUACCUUUAGUAGAAAUAAAACAUCAAAAUUAUCCACCUAAAACAACUUCAAUUAUAGAUCCAACAUUAAUUAUUGAACGAUACAAUAAAUGGCAACAAUUUUUCAUAACUCGAACACCUAGUCAAGCAACAAUAAAUAAUAAAUUAGUGAAUAAUGAUCAAUAUCAAUUAAGUGAUGAUAUUAAGGCAACAUUUGAACAAAAUUCUUCAUUAAAAACUGGUCGAUCGACUCAACAAGUAGCUCUUCCUUGUUCAUUUGAUAAAAGUGAAGAAGAACAACGAAUUAUAUCAAAAGGUAAUAUUCAAAGUGGAUUUAUUUCAUCAUCUGGUGAUUUUAUUCUUCCAAAUAAUAAUAAUAAUAAUAAUAAUUCAAUUGAUGAACAAACACAAACAAUACGAAAAUUCUAUCGUCAUCAUCGUUCAUCAUCAAAAAAUCGAAUUGAAAGAUCGAAAACUUUCGAUUUCUUACCAACAUUAGUUUCGGGAAAACGUCUUCAUCUUCCAACUUCAAAUCAUAGAAAUUCAUAA